CACUUUCCCAGUCGUCGCGUUGGUGUGAAGCCAGUUUGAUAUUCAGAUCGAGGCUGACACGUAAAAACAGAAGGCCUAAACUUAAAUAUCCACUUUACAAGAGACGCGAAUUAUCAACACAAGGAUGUCAUGGUUUAGUGAUCUUGCUAAAGGAGCAGAGGCAUUACUGGAGAAAGUCGAUCAACAAACAGCAUCAGCCCUUCAAAAGGAACAAGAGAGAGCUGUUCCAUCUGUGCCAACAACAAUAAGUUUGGAGAGCACAAAAGACGAAAAUGCACACAGAGAGAUUUCCUCAAUUGGUACUGACUCUAAGUCUUUGCCAGAAGCAACAAAAAGCACUUCCUUCAGUACUAAGAGUGUAGCACGGUCUUCAAGUGCUUCUAAUGUUAAAAAGAAAACAGAUGAACAGUUAUUUGAAUUCUUGAAUAGUGGUCAAGGCUUAGCCAGUGGAAGUGACAAGAAGAUGCCCCCUCUGACAUCAACACCAAUAAAACCCAAACUUCAGUAUAGUCAAAAACAGCCUAUGGAACAAGAGAAGCCAACAAUGCCAAGCACUAAAGUACCAGAGGUUACAAAGUCAGAUGAUAUUGCAACAGAGCUACCAAAGACUUCUGAAAGGACGGAAAAAAAGGAUAUGGAUACUGUUGCCAAGAAGUCCGAAGAUAGUGCCAGUGCAAUUGGAGAAGUGGACAAUGUUCACCCAAUAAAAAGUGAUGGGGAAGGCAGACACGACAGAGUGUCAAAUCUCCAGCUUGAAAACAGGCUUCUGAAAGGAGAAAUUGCAUCAUUGAAUGAAGAAUUGGCAAAUGCACUGAAGAGAGUGAAAAUUUCUGAGGAAGGUGUGGCCCAUUUGGAAGCAAAACUUGAGCAUGCACAGAAUCAAAUGUUACAACAAGAUCGCAUUGUACGUGGAACUGAAGAGAAAGAAAAAGAUCUGAAUGAAGCGCUGAAUGCCAAAGAUUCUCAGCUGGCUGUUUUAAGAGUUCGAAUGCAAGAAGCUGACGAGGAACUUGCAUCUAAAAGGGAGCUGGUUAUGAAAUUAACUACAGAGAACCAGAGGAUCCUAAAAGAUCAUACUGAUUCCACUGGGCUGCAAAGUGUGGCAUUAGACUCCUUUAAAGACAAACUCGAAGAAAAAGAAAAGGAAUACCAACAAGUUCAAACAGAUUUUAAUAAAGCACAGAGUGAAAUUAUGGAGCUUCGAGAAAAGUUACAAAAGGAACAACUACAAAUGGCAGAGUCUGUGAAGUCACUACAGCUUAAACUUUCGGAAGAAAAGGGAAGAAUAAAAGACCUUGAUCAGAAUCUACGAAGCUCCAAAGAUGCUGCAGAUUCUGCCCAAAGGGAUUUAAAGGAGUACAAAGACAAAGCAACUAGGAUUUUACAGGCCAAAGAGAAGCUGAUAAAUUCUUUAAAGCAAGGCGCUGCUGGUUCAGAUGCUCCGCAAAUUGUGUUUACCGAGCUCGAGGAAAUACGGCAGGAGCGAGAUUUCCUCCGGGAGGAAUUGCAGCAAUCAAAAUACAAACUAGAGCAGAUGAAAGUCGAGUUAUAUGAGGUUGAGCAGCAGAGUCAGUCCGAGGCAGAAGAACAGCAGCAACAAGUUGAUAGCCUUGAAAAAUCGUUAAUCGAAGAGAGAGAAAAGCGACAGCACUUUGAGGAAGAGCUUUCUAAAUCAAAACAGGAAGUGAUAUUGUCCAAAGAAGAUCUUCACCGGCAGAUGACAAGAUCCUCUACUGCCCUUGAGGAAAGAGAUGCGGAAAUUAAGCGGCUGAACCACCAGAUCAGUCUGAAAACGAGCAUGAGUCCAUCACAAGAGGAAUUAGAGAACAGAGUGCACGCAAUUACAGAUAACCUGAUACAAAAACAAACAUUGAUCGAAAGGCUGAGUACAGAAAAAAAUUCACUGUCCUUGCAACUGGAACGUUUAGAGCAACAAUAUCGGGAUGUUCAGCAACAUUUAACAAAAUCAAAUGCACAUUUAAGACACAACCAUUCGCAUUUUGAUGUAGAAGAUGGUGAUGAAGUGCAUGCAAGCAGUCUUGCAUCGAUAAUGCCUUCCGGUGUAACGCAGUCACGUCGGUGGAAAAAUACCGUUAAUGUGAUCGAUAAAUUCAGUAUACGACUCGGAGUAUUCCUAAAACGAUAUCCGAUAGCUCGGCUCUUUGUCAUUGUUUAUAUGUUUUUAUUGCAUCUAUGGGUGACAAUCGUGCUGUUAACUUAUCAACCGGAGAUUCAUAGUAAGAACUCAAAGCUCCCUGAUCACCACAGCUAACAACCGUAUACAACCCAGCGCCAUAUUAAAUUCAAUCAAUGAAUCCACCGAAUUUUGAAAUUUCUUGUCAUAUCAGAUAACAUUGACUGUUGAUCAUGACGAAACAAGGUAUUAGAAACUAGCCGAACAAAG